CGCGACGGCGCCGUUGGUGGUUGGGACACAGCGGGGCCGAAAGAAAGAGAGGUGGCAUGCACCACCUGCUCCUCCUGGCCGCACUCACCCCGCCCGCGCGCCCACCGGGCGACGCGUUCGUCCUCCUCGGCGCGACGGCGGAGGCCAGCCUCGUCGAGAUGCUCGGCGAGACUGUCGGCCGCCGCCGCGCGCUCCGCCGCUCGCCGGACGAGGAGCGGCUGUCGCUCGCGCUCACCCGGGCGCGCCGCCAGCACCGGGCGGCUUCGGCGCGCGUCGCCGCGCUGGACACGCGCGGCCACCACACUCGCCGCGCGCUCGAAGGCAGCAGCGGCUCUGAGCUCGCGAGGCGCAAGAAGGAGCGCCUCGCCGCCGCCGACCGGAUCGCGCGGCUGGUGGGCGCGCUGCGGCGAGCGCGCGACGCGACGGCCGCGCAGGCGCUGGUGCUGGGCGGCGGCGCACACGGCACGGUGAUGCUUGGUCGCGGCGUCCUCUCCGGCAGCGAGGUCGCCAUCAAAGUGAGCCGGCGCGGCGGCGGCGACAGCGAGGCGCUAACGACCGAGGCGCGCGUGCUGCGCGCGUUGCGCCGCGAGACCGGCUUCCCCCGGCCCCUGUACUAUGGGAGGCAGGCGCUGCGUGGCGAGCCGUGCGACGUGCUCGUCCAGGAGGCUGUCGGGCCGAGCAUCGACGCGCUAUGGUGGGCCUCGAGCGGAGGCACCGCCCUCUCGCCGCGCUGCGCGCUGCGCGUGGCCUGCGGCGCGCUGCAGCGGCUGGCCAGCCUGCACCGGCUCGGCUACGCGCACAACGACGUCUCGACCUCAAACCUCUGCGCCGGUGCGGGCGGCGGCGCGGCGCAGCACGAGAUACACCUCGUCGACUUUGGGUCCGCCACGCCGCUCCCCUCCUCCUCCACCACUGCGGCCGGCGGCGAUCGCGAGCGCCGCGACACCGAUGGCGGCGGCGGCGGGACGCCGCUCUUUGCGAGUGCCGCGGCGCACGGCGGGGGGCUGUGCGGCGCGGCAGACGACCUCGAGUCGCUCGCCUACGUCCUCUCCUUCCUCGCGCGAGGCUCCCUGCCGUGGGAGCACGCGCCGCCAGCCGACAUCCCCGCCGCCAAGCGCGCCGCCACCGCCAGCCAGCUGUCGGAAGGGCUGCCCCGCGAGGCGGCCGUCGCCGUCGAGGCGCUGCUGCGGCCGCCGCGCGGCGCCGGUGGGGAGGUGGACCAUGCCGCGCUGCUCCGCACGCUGCGCCUUGCGGCCGGCAGCGAUGGUGGAGAGGAGGGCGAGGGCGAGCAGGGCGAGGGCAUGGACUGGCAGCGCCUCGGGCUGAGUUGGAGGGCAGACGGGGCGAUCCUUGACGCUGGAGGCGAGCUCGUGCGGAGGCCCGCGGGCUGAGACUGUGAGAGCGGUGCCGGUGGAUCUGAGGUGGAUGCAGACUUGCAGAGGGGGUGGACAGUCAUAUCAUGUUCUAUGUCGGAGUUUAUUAUUGUGAUUAUAUGAUG